ACAUUUCAUAAUUUUAGUUUAAGAACGCGACUUUAGGAUGACGCUUUUAAAAAUACGCAGAAACGAAGAUCUCGUUGGAUUCUCAAUAAAACACGUUUUCGAAGGAUAAAAAGUGUUUCCGCUGAAGUCCCUCGAAAGCGAAUCUUUUUAUUGGCUGACGACGAAACGUCAUCGGUUGAAAUCGCGGGCAGUUUUCGCGACGAUUUUCCCAUCUACAUUGUAAUCCCGCUCGUGACACACGGACGGGCGCUCGCGCGCGCGCGCGCAUUCAUUACGAGCCGCCGCCAUUUUGUCACGUUUUAUUUCUAAACGCAUCCCCCACCAGAUUGAAAACAACCUAAGGUCGACGCUGGACUCCCUCGAUCGCGUACGGGUGUUCUUUGGUUAGGUUACUGGCUGCGUCGUAACCGUCUGGCUCUUUAACAAGCCUGAGACGUCAACACAAUCGGCGACGCAACCACGACGGCCGAUCAGCCAAGUUCGGGCCGUUCACUCCGAUCAUCGUUUGUCGUAUGGUUUUACGGAAAAAGGGAGGGGGAAGAGGACACGCGGGGUUUUGCUGAUAAUUAUUCGGUUGAUUUCAGUGAUCAAGUAGUUUGAAGAUCAAACAAAAUGGACGUUGCCGGGGAUCUAAAUUUGCAAUGGGUGGGAGACGUGGAGCUUCACGAGGAGGUGAUAUGCGGUCUUGAAGCACAGUUGGUUGCUUCAGAGGAGGAGGUGAUAGGCGCUUGCGAGGAAGUGGCAGUGGAGGAAACCAUUGAGUCUGUUCCUGAUGUAGCACCUACGACAGAGUCUGAGAUACUGAUGGUACCUCAGACUAACGAUAUGGAAUCUAUUUAUAUUGUGCCACAAGAUCAGGGUCAUGAUUAUCUGAAUAUACAGGUGACAGAAGAAGUAAUAGCCGACAAUUGGGACAGACCUGGUCCAGAUGAUGGGGUCGAGAUUCCAGAAACGAAGGUGGCGCAUGACAAUUUGCUGGAAUAUGAUGAUAUGGAGAUACCUUUGCCGAUCGAUCAAGACUCGUAUCAGAACGCCCGGCCGUAUCCAUGCGACUUCUGCAGUCGUAGGUUCCGCAAAAAGGCAAACCUGAUGAACCACAUGGUGGCGCAUCAGACAGAUCGGCCGCAUGGUUGUAACUUAUGCGGAGCGCGUUAUGUGCGCAAGUGCGACUUGAAUAACCACCUGAAGAUUCACGCAUAUCCGCCGUCGCGGGAUGGUCUGGAGGACGAGUUGAACGACGAAGACUCUCUAGUAGCCGAAGACGAGGAUGCAACGCCAAGCGGUACCAAGGGCAGGCGCAAAAAGGUGCAAUCGAGUGCGCCGCGCAAGCGGAAGAGUAAUACCGCCGCUGGUCUGCCGAAGCGCAACAACAUUGAAGAUAAUAUCAAGAUGGAGAUGGGCAAGUAUGUGUAUAAACCGUACGAUAACUACGAGGACACGCUAUCGCUACUUGAAGACGACCUGACCGAUGGUGAUUCUGCCCGCAGCGGCAAUUACGCGUCCAGUUCGAGGUGGCAGAUGGAAGAGAUGUCUGUCGAGCAACAAUCACCGCAGUGGCCCGUCACCGAUCCGACCAAACCCUACGUCUGUCAAUUCUGCGGCGUUGGCUUCGCUAGGGAAAAGGCGCUGGCCUCACACGCGCGUGUUCAUGGUGGCGACAGUCCGUUUGAAUGCACUUCGUGCGGCGAGAUGUUCUGGGACGUCGGCACUCUGCGAGAACAUGUGCGCGUCAAACAUGGCGGCACUAUCCCGCAGCAAACAUCCGAUGCGGAGGAAUAUGACAACGAUGCCACUUAUACAGGCGACACCGAAAGAUUCGGCGAGUUUUAUUGCAACACCUGCGGGGUACCGUUUCAUCGUUUGGAUCUGCUCAAACGCCAUCAAAAAGCUCAUAUCAAGCAAGAAGUGGACACAAUGGAGGGUUCCAGUCAGCAUCACGUAUGCAAUGUUUGCGGAGAAUGGUUUGAGGAGGCAUUAGCAUUAUUGGCACAUGCAGAACUUCAUGCUUCAAGAUCUCCUAGUCGCCGUUGUCUGUUGUGCGGGGCGAGAUGCCGCGACGAAGCUGAAGUUGCAGAACACGUGCAGCAAAACCACGCUGAGGACGCGCCGCCGAACACGUGUACGUUAUGCGGAAAAACAUGCAAGGACAAACGCAGCUUAUUGAAACACUCGUGGGUGCACAAUGUCGACAAGACUUUCAGUUGUACAAAGUGUGCAAAACGCUUUCACAGUAAAGCUAGAUUGCGAAGACAUAUGGUAUCUCAUCGUAACAAAAUGGUAGCUUGUGAUGAAUGUGGAGAAGAAUUCCCCGAUGGAAGAGCUCUUGUGAGUCACCGUCAUUCACAUAACAAAGAACUGGGCGGCCGUUCGUUUCCAUGUCGCGAAUGUGGCAAAACCUUUGGAAGUCGCAGCUCGCAACAGAUCCACAUACGUAUUCAUACGGGUGAGAGACCUUACGGCUGCCGGUUCUGUUGGAAGGCCUUCGCCGACGGCGGUACGUUGAGAAAACACGAGCGCAUCCACACCGGCGAGAAACCAUACGAAUGCGCAAUCUGUUCUCGGGCUUUUAAUCAGAGAGUGGUUCUGCGGGAACACGUUCGCGCUCAUCAUUCCGGCCCGGAUCCAAAAUGCGUGGGCAGUGUGACGCCGUUUUUAUGCAAGGUAUGCGGCAUGUCAUACGGUACGUCUGAGGAAAUAGUGGCGCACAUAGUACAGCACUGCGACGACAAUACUGCGUUAAGUCGCCAGCCGCAGACCGGACCACGCAAGUAUAAGAGGAGACGCAAGUUAAAGCCACACGAGACGAACACAGUGGUACGUAAGAACGAGUUUUCAUACGACAUGAUGGAAAGCACUACUGGCGGCGGUGGCAGCAUUGGUGGUGGCGGCGGUUCCGACUCGGAGGACAACACGAAGCGAAAACUUGGCAAGAAAAACAAGCAACAUCGGUCGAAUGUCGAGGAAGGUUACCAGAAUGUACUGAAAAGCUUCGAAAGCUCGCUACAAAAUAUAAACUCGAUCGUGAGCAACUCCAAAUUGAACGCAUCCAAAUCGAAACUUUCGAAGAAGAAACUGCGCAAGGAGGACAAGAAGGAGACGCAAUCGUCGAACCAAUCGGGCCGGCCGAAGAUGAUACACACGCAAAAGACACGGGUGCCGGUGGAAGUGGGUAGCGAUGGGGCGAAGAAAGGCCAGAAGACGAAGACGAUGGUAACGCGGACGCCGAAGGUGAUGCCAAACGAGCACAAGUCUGGUAUUUUCCCUGGCGGUGAAAGGAAUCGACCGCGUACCAAAAACGUCAGUUACCAUAUCGAGGGUAAACUGCAGGUCACACCGGCAACAUUCUCGACAAAACCGAUAAAGGAGGACGUGUCAACGCAGCAGCAACAGCAGCAGUUGUUGGUGAACAUUAAGCAAGAACCAGGCGUACCAAAGGCUACCAGCGACAGUCGCAGGAACAACAAUGGCAAUAUUCUUGCCCUUGGCAAGAAUCAAGAAUCGUCGAUCAAGAAGAGGUCGUCGACCACCUUGAAGAGAUCCAAGAGGCAGAAAACGAUAGUGAAGCAGGAAUUGAACGAGACAGUCGAGCCGGAUGCGGAAGAGCAGCAGCAGCAUUUGCAGCUACGGAACAACAAUAAUAAUAAUAAUAACAUGGAGAACAGCGGCGAUCCAUCACGACUAAUGGAGCACACGGUGGACGGCAGUAAUCUGGAAGUUGCUUUUGAGGCGAGCGUUGUCACCGCUCAGGAAGAGGACCAGGAUGAGGAAGAAAGCAUAUUGCCGCAUGAUGCGACCGAAGAGAUGGACAACGUGGACAACAGCGUUAAACUCAGUGUGAAGGUGGAAUCGGCGCCGCAGCCGAGGAUGCUCGCUGUGCACAGUGUUAUCACACCAGUGGAUGAUGUCCCGGAGACAAUAAUACCGGACGCGGUGGAGUACACGUGCGAGAUGUGCGCUGCGGUGUUUUCCAGUCGUGCUGAGUUAUUGGUGCAUGUGCCGAUACAUAUUUGAUUUAAUAAUUUAUCCGAGCCGGAAAGCGGCGCGGAAGUUUGUUCUACUUCUUUAAGCAUAUUAGUUUAAUCAAAUCGAAUAUUUCUUUAUCACGGUCGAUGAGGUUUGUUGUUUCGCAGGAGACGACGAUCGUUGAUCCUCGCCUCUAUCACCACUACCAUACUCACUAUCAUCAUUUCUCCUUCCCAAUUAUCCCAUCUUUCUCGUUUUUUGUUCUGCUAAGGGUCAUGAUUCAAUCAUCUAUACUUAUCGUUCUAUCGAAUGCACUCGAAUUUUCGCGUUUCGCGCAUUAGAGGAUUUAUCGGCCAUUGUUUAAUUUUUAUCAUCAAUUUGUGAUAUGUUUCUCUUGUAUUAUAUAUUCUUCGCGAAUAUUCAAGUUUCAACUUUGAUGUUUGAGUAGAUACAGAUAACUGAUUAUACCAAACUAUUAAUGACGGAAUGAACAUGAGGUGCAUAUGUGAUAUCGUGAAAUGCUAUAUAUCACUAUAUCAUAUAUCGUGAUAUAUGACAUAUGAGAAGUAUUGUAUUUCCUUUAAACGAAAACACAUUUAUCCCACAUUGUAUCCGACAUGUGGAUGUCAGUUUUUGUAUUAUCGGAAUUUCUAUCUGGUCUAGAAUUUGUAAUAUUGAAACGUGACGUGACAAGAUUAUAGUUCUACGAUUUUCUACAUGAGAAGUGCUAUGACACGAAUUGAAUCGAGAAGUAAAAUAUGGAAUAUGCAGAUAUGAAAACUAUGCAAUUCUUUUUGUACGUACAAUACGAUACUAAUACGAAAAGUAGAAUUCUUAACAUUGAUAUGUGUGCGAGUACAUCGACUAGAAUGGACGGUUAAUUUAUUUUAAUAAUGAGCGAACAGAGGCAAGGAGUAAAGUGUUGAAUUUCCGUCGCGGGCCACCUUUAUUUUAGUACUUGUGAAUUUCAAUUGCAAUUUAGGAUUUUCCGCGGUGAAAUCUUUAUUGUAAUUAUAAGUCUGUUAUUCUAUUAAUUAUGACGUUUGCUUCUCUAUUUUUCUAGAGGAGAAAAAAAGAUGAAAAUUAAUUGAAAAAAAUAUUUAUUUGUUACCACCAAGUAAUUAUGAUAAUGACGCGAAAGAUGUCGCGAAACUUGAGAGAUGAUUGUAUGAACGCAGGAAAUUCCAGAUGAUUAACAGUGACUAUGUAAAAAUCGUUAAAAACGUGAAUUGCUCUCAAGAAUUAAUAACUGUAUAGCAUUGCACGUAGGGUAUUUGUAUGAAUGUCAGUUUUUAUUUUUAGCACAUAAUUUUAGUUUAUAUACGAUUAUUUAUAUCGUGACCAGUGACCAUGAUCGGCCCAUUGAAUGAGAUGCGAUAUGAUAAUAUUAUGAUAUUAUUACGCGUAUUGUUAGAGUACGAACAGAAAGAUGGAGAUAAUCAAUUCUAAGCACUGUCUCGAACACUAAAGCAAUCGCCGCGAAAUAUCCACAAAUUUAAUAAAAUUGAAUUUUCUUUAUAUCUUUGGACACGUUGAAUUUUACAAAAUUAACAACUUCGUGUUCUCUUGUACAUAAAAUUUAGUUACGCUCUUAAGUUUUUUUGAUAUAUAUUAUAAGAAAACCGAUAUCACACAUAUAUACAUAUUAUAUAUACAUAUAUAUAUAU